AUGGCCCAACCAAGCUCGAAUGACAGCUGUAGCUCCUCCUUUUCCUCAUUCACGACACCUUCUUCGAACACUCUCUCGCUCAAUGUCGGUGGUGUGCUAUUCAGCACGACCACUUCCACACUUUCAACCAUUCACUCCGAGAAGGAUGAAAAUCAUCUUCUCGCUCAAUUAGUUUCUACUAUUCAUUUGAAUCAACCACAAGAAUCCACUCCUCAUACCAUUCAAGUACAUCCAAUUUUCAUUGAUCGAGAUCCGACUCAUUUCCGAUAUAUUUUAAAUUACUUGAGAAAUGGAAUUAAUGUUGUAUUGCCAUCACAUGACUCACACAUGAUGGAAGAAUUAUUUGUGGAAGCAAAAUAUUAUCGAUUGAAUAGUUUGGCGGACUUGUUGAGUUCUCUCAUGUCACAACAUCGAACUUGUACGGAUGAAUAUUUAACCAUUGAUGUCAAUAAUACGUAUGGAGAAUAUUUAUGUAUUGGACCGGAGAUAGCUUAUCAAUUUAUGAAAGGGAAAGGAUUAGUGAAAGUUCCAAAUGGAUUGGAAAUGAAGAGAAAUGUUAAAUUUUGUGGAAAAUGGGAGAUUGAAUGGACUCAUAUCAAAGAGUUGUUGGAAAUGCUUUCACAAAUUGGAUUUGAACUAGUCUCUACGAUUCUGGAGUCAAGAAAGAGUGGAAAGUUUGAAAACAAGCUGGUAUUUAAAAGAAAAACAUCACAUCAAAAUGGAAAUUAG